GACUGAUCGGGGAUUGUGAUGACAUUUGAUAUUACGUGUUGAGUAAUUAUCUUUUAUUAAUCUACGACUUGUUCCUCUCUGGUUAGUUAGUACGUGAAGUGUCACUGAUGUAGCCUAUGGGGAGAGAAACGUGUACUACACGGAUGACAUGCAGUAGCAAUAAGACUUUUUCUAAUUGCUCAUACUUGUUAAACCGAAAGCGAGUUGAUGUACUUCAAAGAGGGGUUUUAUGUGCAUUGCAUAGUACAUUUGCGAGACCCUGUGAUAGGAUUAUGUGCUGAGACAACACAGACUGUAUAGCCAUCACUUCAUUAACAGGACCUGGAGGUUCACAGUGGUUUGAUGAGGAUCGUCUGUGUGUUUAUCUAAGAUACUGAAGGUAUAGGCUAAGGGUUGGUCAAUAGGAGGAACUAUCUAGUCAAAAUUCGCCAGACAUCGUGUGGAUACAAGUAAACACUCUUCUUGUGACUUUGUUUUAAAGACCGUUUUGUUCUGUUAACUAAUUGUUUCUGACAUUUUCAAGUUUUUGAGUUGAUCUAACCUUUGAAUUUUUUGCCUUCCAUCAUAUUUGUGAUAAGAUUUUUGAACAGAAAAUUAAAACGCAGUUAUUAUACAAAACUGUACACAAAGAAGUAAAGUAAGAGCCGCAACAGGAAAACUGUGAUUCAAUGCGCUGGGAGGGAUGGACUGCUUGUAAAGCCGGCUUGCAUCUUGAUGCAGGAAACAUUCAUAUUUGUGUACACUGAUUCUUUUGACAUAUGUGGGGCUGUCUUCUGAUAUUGAGUUCACACCAUACCAUGACUUGGAGCAAGAGAGAAGUCUAUGGCACUCUGAGGAAAUUUCCUGCUGUAUUGGGAUAUUUAUCAUACGUGAAAAGUGUGAAGUGACUCUUAACCCUCGGAACUUUCUUAACUGGGGAGGAGAUGGUUGGAAAGUGAAUUAUGUCUCAUAUUGUGUGUAGUAUAAAGUGGGGAUUUUGAGUGUGUGAGAAAUCAAAUGCACAGAUGUGGUGGAAGAAAGUUUUGUUUUUGGUUCAGUUCAGAUUUGAUUAACUUUUGUUGUGUGUUUGUUUUUAUGCACUGUGUUUUAUUCUAACAGCUGAGAAUGGGAAGGAUAUAAAUACAAAACUGAUACAUGUACUACAUUGAGGAAACAGCUAAAAAUUGACACAAUUGUGUGAAUAUUUAUUGAAUUAUGCAGUUUGAUUCAAAAAGUUUGUAACUGAUCAAUGUGAAAUCAUGGAAUUAAGUUCAGUGAUACAGAAUCAGACCAGCGAUUUCAUCGCAACAUCAUCCUCUUUACCAUAUUCAUCAACUUCUUUACCACCCCCCACUGUACUGAGUUCAGACAUUUUGAAGAGUUCACCAGUGACUGUGGAUAUGUCAUCUUUCACUCAGUUAGUCACAAGUACGUCUUCAGAGCCCCUCUCCCUAUCCCCUAGUUCUGCCAUUCAGACAUCUAGUCCCCCCAUGGCAUCCUUGUCAGCAUUUAGCAUUACAAGUUCUCUUUCAGAGUCUUCAUCCUUUGAGUCCAGCUCACCUGUAGCAACAACAACAUUGCAAGAUUCGACAGCUGAUACAGUGUGGAGUUCACAGGAACUGUCCCCUAAUGUGGGUCAGCCUAGUGCACCCAUCAGUGCUGACCCUUCAUCUGAAGUGAUUUCCUCCCAAUUGUCUUCCAUUCCUCAUUUGUCAAGUGAAUAUUCUGUGUCCUCUUUAGUAGCCCCAUCCUCCAUCUCUUCCCAGUCCCUAGUCUUAGGACCAUUAGUACCCUCAUUAACAUCAUCAUCAUCAUCAUCAUCAUCAUCAGUAUCACCAUCCAUUGAUUCCUCUCUCCCCACACCCCAGCUGUCAUCUGACAUAGUGUUGACAUCCACGUUCACAGAAUCAUCAUCAUCAUUAACAUCAUCAUCAUCCAUUUUGUACCCAUCCAGUCCCAGUUUGAUGGCAUCGUCUACUCUGCUGCAACCUUCCACCCCUAAUCUUGAUGUCUCCUCCACUGCAAUGCAAACCCCAUCUUCCACUCCAAUGCAAACCCCAUCUUCCACCCUAACACAAACCCUGUCUUCCACCCAUGGCUUCAGCACUGAUUCUAUAGCAGUCCUACCAGCAUCCUCAAAGGAGACAAUCUAUCCAAGCACCAUCCUCCCAGUGUUACCUACAUCCAGCUCAGUGUUCCCAGGGGUCACAACCACGCAGGGAGAGACAAACAACACCGUCAGCAGCACCCCAGCACCACUGCUGGGGACUGGACUUGAACUCGUAAUUGCCCUGUCCAUAAUUGGAGCCGGACUCUUAAUCUUUUUCAUCAUCAUUGUUUGUGUCUGUGUGCGGAGGAAGAAACCAGGAAAGCAUGAGAAAUACCAGCCUAACCCAGUGACUGAGGACCUAUGGGUGUCUGGCAGAUCAGAGGUACCCCUAAACCAUAUAGACCUGCUGCCCCAAGUCAAGGUCACCAGUGAGGUGGACAGGGGCUCCGCCAAACUACGCAACGGGAUCACCCAUUUCAAUACUGCUACAGUGAGAAGAAGCUAUAGCCCCGCACUGAGACACACCGUCACAUUUUUUGAUGAGGUAGAGGAAAAAUAUAUUGCAAUCUAUAACUUUGAGGGAAAAAAUGAAGACUGUCUGACCUUGAAAGAGGGAGAUAUUGUCGUGGUAACCCACAAAGAUAACAAUGGAUGGUGGAAAGGAAGCCUGAACGGAAAAACAGGGUUGUUCCCAGGAAGUUACCUCAAAGAAGUCCCACCAGAAGUGGAUUUUGAGAAAAACAAUAGACUAAGCAAUGGCUCUCAGCCUUUUGAGAUAUCCCUGGAUGUGGACACCAAUGGUCCCCGCCCUGUGUCCUCCUUUAUGGCCCCGGAGUCGGGGUUUACCAAGAAAGCCUCCUCUCUACAGAGGGAAUCCAACAAAGUCUCCACACUGAACAAGCAUGCCCUUGGUAAAGAGGUAGCCAUUCCUCACAUUCCUGAUGAUGCGGGGGAGGAUAGAGAGAAGGAUGACAAGGCAGUGAAGAGGAGGUCUACCAUCUCUCCUGUCAAGGAGGACAUUAACAUCGAGGGAACCCAGUUCAAGGUGCUGUUUAGUUACACCGCCAACUUUAAGGAGGAGGUUAGUCUACAGGAAGGGGAGAUAGUGACCGGAAUCAGGAAAGACCGCAAUGGCUGGAUGUACGGGCGCAAAAACCGCACCAACGAAGUCGGGCAUUUCCCAGCUGUUUAUGUUGAGGUAGCAACUCAGGAGGAUAUAGAGGCUGCCAGCUUUUCCCAGUUUGGAUACCCUGACAAAGAGACGGUCUACAAACAGCUACAAGUCAACAAGACCAGCCACCAUGAUGAGGACCUCAUUGGCAUUGAACACAGAGCUCUGCACUAUUAUGCUGCUGAGGAUGAACAAGAUCUGUCGUUUGAUAAAGGGGACAUAAUCCUUGUGUACGAAGUCAAUGAAAAUGGAUGGUGGCGAGGAAAGCAUGGCGAGGAGGUUGGCUGGUUCCCAGGAAGUUAUGUCGAGGCGGUUUGGCCAUCAGAGCUGGUGGAUGAGGACCCAACAGAACUCAAGUACAAAGGGCCUGGAGAGCUGAGUGUGUCCACAGACGACCGAAUUAGGUCAAGCUCCUUCCUAUCUGUGGGGUCCAUUACCAAUGUAUCCAAGACAUCGGACGAAGAGACUGGGUCCAUCUGCUCCGCUGGCACCACUGACAGCCGGCGACGACCGGUCAGGAAGGCACCACCUCCACCAGUGGGUCCGAAAAGCCCACGAACUCCCACCACCAAACAGCCACCUAGACCUCCCUCACAUGUACCGUGGGCCAAUCAAACAGAGUCGACUCCUAUUGACAAGUCGGCCAAUCAGAGCAGAGAUAUAAGUCUGAAUGGUAGCGCAAGGAGUGUUAAUGAGUCAGACUCAGUGGAUGGGGGACCAAACGGAUCAAUUAAACCAGAGGUACCAAAAAGGUUCAUCAAACCUAAACUGGUGAAAAUAUCUAAAAAGAAAAUCAACCUGAAACAGUCCUUCAAUUCAGUGCGAGCCUCCAAGUCCCCACCCCCACCCCGUCCAAACUUCCCGAAGCAUAUACCAAAGAGUCCUCUCAACAGAAGCAAGGACGGGACCAAUCAGUACAGUAAACUCAAUGGUACCCACAGUUCUGGCUCUGAGGUGCGGGAAAGCAGGUCCAACAGCCAGAAUAACUCAGCCAUGCUUGACUCAGAUAUCAGUGGAGUGGAACCGUUACAACUAUCAAACUCGGAAAAGGACCAAAGCCUUGUACAGAAUAAAAGUGAAAAUAGUUUGAAUAAUUCAUCUCAGAAAAAUUCUAAACCGAGUAUUAGCCAGGAAAGUGAGAGACCAAUGUUCUCAACGUCUAAAAACAACCUCAAUGAACUCUCUCCAAAUGAAGCAAGACAUUCAACCCCAAAAUAUCAUGAUACCCCUAAGUUUUCUGAUCCACCAGUAAUUCACAGCAAAAAAAUGAAUGGAAAUGUUGAUAGUAAUGGCACUGUACCUGAAUCAGAGGCGAGUAUCACUGAAGUAUCAGCUUUGGAUGAAACAGAUGGAGAUAUGAAGAGCCCAAAAGUUCCACCUAGUCCCAAACGUAGUCGCCUUCCAAUGCUUUCAGGAGAGACCUCAACUAAUGCCCACCGAGCUCGAUCCAAAGAGCGUCCACCUCCAGUUGCUCCUAAACCACUUCAUAGACCAUCCCAGAUUCAGAGGUUGAAGUCGUUAGAACGCAACCAAUCAGAGACGGAGAAUUCAUCACAUGACCAGUCCUCAUUACAAGACGACAGUAGCAGUAUAUUGAUACAUGAUGGUUUGGAUUCUUCCAACAAUAAUUCAACUUACUUGAAUGAUAGCCACAAUCAAAACGCAUCCUCUCAAAUUAAAAAACCGAAUAUGCCCUUAUCACAGAAAUCUCCACAGAAACAGGUUACAAACAACAGUCGAAUUCCAAAAACGGCAAGUGGUGCCAUCAAAAGACCAAGUUCAGCUCUGACUGGUAAACAAACAGAGAAUUCUAACAAAGACUACAACAGGCAGAUAUCCAACACAUCACAAAACUCCACAGGCUUCCCUGAGGCAGCUUCCCCAGGAAAGCCCCCUACCCCGAAACCGAAGCGACCUGACAAUCCACCAAUCAAAUCUGACACACCAACUCAUAGAAAAACAAGUGCUAGUCCAAGUCGCAUUCCCUUGGGAAAAUCUCCAACACGCCAACGCUCUGACUCUGGUGCUAAAACAAAAUUACCUCAAAAUAAUUCUUCUAAAUCAAGUCAAGUGGACUCAAAAAUGACAUCAAAGAUUCCCACAAUCCCAUCAACAGAUGGACAAAAGGGAGCUGCUACCAAGUCAUCAAAAAUACCUUCCUCUGAUAAGAGUAGCCCUUCAAAGAGGGGACGGAGUGCAAUCCCUAAACCCCCCAGACCUAGUCAACCAUUCAUCACCCCAGAUCAAGUAGGAGCAGGAGGAGACAACUCACAGCACAGGGUCCUGAUCAAGAAAGCUAUGUCUGGCUAUGAAGCCCUGAAAGAGGGAGAGUUGUCUUUCAGUGAAGGCAGUCUCAUAACUGAAAUUAGCCAGGAUGCAGAUAACCCUGGCUGGUGUGUGGGCCGGUUGCCUGAUGGUACCACGGGGCGAUUCCACAGCAGCUUCGUGGAGGAUGUACCUCCAGAGGAGCUGGCCGCUGUAUAAGUGGGAGGAGUUCUCCACCAUUGUCUUGCCAUGAAAGAAGUACUCUAUGUUCAGAUUGCGGAUGGGAUUUAUUUAAGAAUUACCGAUGUAGUCCAAUUGUAUUGCAAUAUGAGUUCUUUCUUACUGAAUUUCUUCUGCCAUAUAUUUGAUAUGGUGAAAAUUGUGAGAUUAUAAUGUACUAGUAUUUUCUUUUAUCAUAUUUAUGUGUGACUGCCAUUAUAAUUUUGUUUGAAUGUUCUUCAUCCAGAAUCUGGACAUGUAAGCUAAUGUAAAUGUUUCAACAUGUAUGUUGAGUGAAUGUGUAAUGAUUCAUGCAUUUAAUGCAUUUAGUAAUACAUGUACCAUUUGUUCCAUGUGUAGUGCUUUAAUGAAGUGACUUUUACAAUUGUAUAACUUUGUUUUAUAGAUAACUUUCUGAGGUGAACAUUCAUCAAACUUAGUACAUUUACAAUUAAUUGUGCUCAUUGUAAUUGUAAGAGUUAAUUAUGACAUACUGCAUCAUCUUGUGAACUUUAUAGUAUCAGUACUUGUAUUUAUAUAGUGCCAACUGUUUUACUUGAAAGGAACAAAAAGCUUUAAUAAACAUUGAAAUGAAA